AUGGGAUCUGACAAGAAGAUCAAGAUCGGAAUCAACGGGUUCGGAAGAAUCGGUCGUUUGGUUGCUAGAGUUGCUCUUCAGAGAGACGAUGUUGAGCUCGUUGCUGUUAACGAUCCCUUCAUCACCACCGACUACAUGACCUAUAUGUUCAAGUAUGACACCGUUCACGGCCCAUGGAAGCACCAUGAGCUCAAGGUCAAGGACUCCAAGACCCUUCUUUUUGGCGAGAAGCCCGUCGCUGUUUUUGGGAUCAGGAACCCAGAGGAGAUCCCAUGGGGCGAGGCCGGUGCUGAUUUCAUUGUGGAGUCCACUGGAGUUUUCACCGACAAGGACAAAGCUGCUUUCCACUUGAAGGGUGGUGCCAAGAAGGUUAUCAUCUCUGCCCCAAGUAAGGAUGCUCCCAUGUUUGUUGUGGGUGUCAAUGAGAAGGAAUACAAGCCAGACAUUGACAUUCUUUCUAAUGCUAGCUGCACUACCAACUGCCUUGCUCCCCUUGCCAAGGUUAUCAAUGACAGAUUUGGAAUCAUUGAGGGUCUUAUGACUACAGUGCACUCCAUCACUGCCACCCAGAAAACUGUUGAUGGCCCAUCAUCAAAGGACUGGAGGGGUGGACGUGCUGCUUCCUUCAACAUCAUUCCCAGCAGCACUGGCGCUGCCAAGGCUGUUGGAAAGGUGCUGCCACAACUUAAUGGAAAAUUGACUGGUAUGGCCUUCCGUGUGCCAACUGUUGAUGUUUCAGUUGUUGACCUGACUGUCAGGAUUGAGAAGAAGGCAACCUAUGAGCAGAUCAAAGCUGCCAUCAAGGAGGAGUCCGAGGGCAAGCUUAAGGGCAUCUUGGGUUACACUGAAGAUGAUGUUGUCUCCACUGACUUCAUUGGUGACAGCAGGUCAAGCAUUUUUGAUGCCAAGGCUGGAAUUGCAUUGAACGAUAACUUUGUCAAGCUUGUGUCGUGGUACGAUAACGAGUGGGGUUACAGUUCUCGUGUGGUUGACUUGAUCGUGCACGUAGCAUCCACUCUCUAA